AUGCCUGUUUUGAAGCGGCCGGCUUCAGCGAGUGGACUUCCUUCUAUGAAGAAGCCUGCUUCUCAUAGCUCCAUCAAGGACGUGGUCAGUGAACUCAAGGAUAGUCAGAAGCAUGAUGAGGACAAGGAAGGGUCUGAAGAAGUAGCGCGUGACAAGCAGAAAGCGCAAAAGUUUCACAAAAUGCUGAACCAGGGAUCACUACCGGAGCACAUCGUGCACAUGUACAACAUCGAAGCCAAGAAAAGUAAAGAUGGAGCUCGAGCCUUUCAGACCCGUUUGAUCAAUUCCCUGUUUCAGAAGAACAAGGACGGCACCUUCAGUGUACAAACUGAGAAGCAUGAGUUUCAGGAGUACAGGAAAAUUUACCACCAGUCUAUUGCAAAGGACAAGACGGAGGCAUUACCCCGUACCAUCAUGCUUGCAUCUCACUUCGGUGGGAAUGAGGCCUUAAUGAAGAAAGCCCUGGACAAUGGUGAGUUGGUGUCUAAGGUUGACAAGCAGUCCAACGUUGAAUACCUCCAGUUCAGGAAGCUCACCAAUGCCGAGGUGCGUGGCAAUGAAGAAGGAGAACACGUGGCUGGGUCCAAGAAGCUCUCCAGAGAGCAAGCUCAUUCCUUGGCCAGUGUCAUGGCCAAGCUCAAGUGGAAGUUUGAACUGAGCAAGGCUGGAGGUGCUGAUGAAAAGCAGUUGGAGGACGCAAAUGAAAUUCCCGACAAGGUGAAGAAGCUUGCUGCCAAGGCUAAGGAUGCAUGCGAACGCUUGCUCAAGGAUGGAUCAAAGUUGGUGGGCCAGCCUGAAACCCAAAAAUUGAUCAAAGAUGGCUACAAGACCCUGUCCACUCACAUCAACAAUUUGAACACCCUCUUGAUGUUCAAUGAGUUGCCUGACAAAGCCACGAUCAACACCCACAGCUUGGAGAAUUUCAUUGGCACCAUCGCCCAGGACGUGGAUCAGUACCAUGGUGAGGUUCAAGCAGCCAAAGCUAGGGCCAAGGCAAAGUCCUAA